UUCAAAAAUCCCAAAAUCAAAUUCAGGACUGGGCGGGCAACAACAAAUACAAAUCCAUCUUCUCCUCCACAAAAAAAAACCCUAAAAUCAGACAACUAAGAAAUGGGCCACCGCCACGUCCACCACCAAGCAACCGACAGUUUAGUAAACCUCUUCACGAAGGCAAACAACGAUCUUACUCUUGUCCAACUCAAGCUCGAGAGAGAAUUUCAACAGAUCUACCCUGACAAUGCAAAUCCAGUGAAGCUGGUUAAUAGAAUAAAGAAAGUACAAGGAGAUUUGACAGUCUUGAAGGAUCAGUGUCAAGAGCUUCUUGCAGCUAAACAGGAUUUGAUUGAUAAGGCGCGGACGGUUCUUGUGGGGAAUAGGAAUUUGAUACAGAGGAUGGAAGUGUCGAUAGGGGUUGAUGUUACUGGUGAUGCCGAGGAUCCUGCAUUUGUAAACUUCAAUCAGAUUAUUGAUGAGUGGACGACUCAGGUCAGAGCAAGAACAGGGGAUGAGAAGCACGAUUCUGACGCUGAGGAUAUCAACAAGUUGCUUUUCUCAGCCAUAGUUCAAAACAAUUAAACAGUUUUUUUUAUAAUUAAAAAAAAAAAAGCUUGGUGGAGCCGAGAAGUCCUGCAUUUUGUGUUUGUAAAAACAGCUUGUUUGUAUCAAAACGCUCCUGUAAAAAAACAGCAUGGCUAUGUAAACAUAUUGUAGCUGAAAUCUCAAGUUUAUCGCCCCCUUCUACGUGAUUUA